AUUUACCCAAAUUUGAAUUAUUUUAAAAAAUUGUCCUUCUGAAUCUUGAAACUGUGUUUGUUCAACUUUAACAAAAUCCAAUUUCUCACAGAUAUGUAUCAUGUAUAUUAAAUUUAUCGCUUAAUUUUCAACAUGAAUGAACCUUCCGAGGUCCUAAAUUCUAUAAAAGAGACCUACUUAACUGAAAAAGUUAAUGAAAGGGUCAAAACCCAUCCGGAUUUAUCGAACGUCGCCGAUUCUAUCCCCAAUCUCGUUACACCUCUUUUUAAUCCACCAGUAUCCGAAAAGUUUGUUCAAAAAGAACCCAAAAAGCAUAAAACUGUGAAUUUAAAAACUUCAAAUUUAGCUCUAGAUCUCGAAUAUGUUACUAAGGUGUGUAAGGAUACUAAAUUUUUCAUUAAACCUACUGAGGACGGAUUAAAUUAUGUUAAUGAAUCGUUAUCUUUAUUUGAGUCCUGUUUACAUUGUUUGCCAAACUUCAGCUUUAAGGAUUCAAACAAAGAAGACGCUGAAUCUUACUUUAACUCGUUAUUUGAAUCACUUUUAUCAUGUAUAGAAAAAGAGAAUUAUGAAGUGGAAUUAAAAGAAGAAACGGAUGAGGAUAUGAGUUCAUUGGAGGUAAAAAACGUAACUAAACCCGAGUUCUCAAAUGAAGGUGAUCACCAGUUGAUGAAGCAACUAUUCAUUUCACUUCUUCUCUCCUAUAACUGGUCUCUCCACUUAUAUAAUCUAACUAACAUCGCAUUUAAAAUUUCCAAAUCAAACUUAUCGGACUACCCAAACGAAAGUAUUCUGAAAACGGCCCUGGGUCUAAAGGAAGCAAAUCGCAAUUACGUAUUUUAUAAAAACGUAUCUCAACAAUUGUGGGACCUUUUGAAGUCGAAAGAAGAGUCCGUUAACUCAUUUAUAUCAGAAUUCAUGCAAAAAAUCGCAUUCAUAAAUAAUAUAGUAGAUACGGAGAUGGCCUAUGAACCUAACUUGUGGAAUAAACUAAAGUCAGAAAUUCCAGAGUCAGAAAAGAAGCCGCCCUUCCCCUCUAGAAACCAACACGAGGCAAAUUUAAAUAUUAUAAGAAAUGAAAUGGGAAGAAGGAUUAAUAAUCGCACCAAAUGUGAGUAUCUGAGACGUGAACUAGAUGACGUUACGUCCCAGAUGCUGAAUUUGGAAUCUAAAAACGAAGAAGUACUGACAAAACUAGAUUCACUGAGGAAACAACUUGAGGAGCUAACAGGGUCAUUUACCACAGAUGUUGAUACCACCAAGACUGGAGAUUCAAAAAAACUACCACCGGUUAUGGCUAGCCUAUACACACACCUAAACAAUUUUUCCCAGUCUAACCCACUGAGAGAUGUAAAUUUUAAGGUAUUAAAGGAGGAAAACGCAUUCCAAAUGUCACUGUCAGCACCAAGAGAUUUGCUAUUCCCGUCCCUAGAAGCAACUAAAUUUUCUUUUCCGUUAGUGUACCAGUUUGAACCCAAGGGGAAAGAAAUAAAAGUGAGUCAAGUAAACAGCCCUAAAUUGUCAUCAAGUAAAACGCCAAUGGACCUGGCGAUGAAUAAAUUUAUGGGAAAUGAGCAGCAGGGAGACUUCGAUUUUGGACUUAAACGAUACCAUGACCAACUACCGAAGGAUUUUCAGGAAAAUAUGGAAAACUUAUACAAACUAGCCCAGGAGUUUGUGUGGAAUUUAUAUAUUUUGGAAAGCUAUAAGACCAAUAACAAAUCGAUACUGUCAAAAAUACUCCCACCGGAACUACAAGAUAGGAAAGUUCACUCAAAGUAUACAUAUAAAGAGAAAAAUUUGUGGAAUCUGUCAAACGAAGCGGCCUCAGUGGUAGUGCAAGUGGAGUGUAAGGGCAAUUUCAAGUUCAAGUUUAGCGAAUUUAAGAAAAAGGGAAAGAUUGAAGUGGCAGAGAGUUCAAAACUUAUGGAACACCUUAAAGAAAAACACUCAGUCAAAAUAGAGAACUUUGGUGAGCUAUCGAAACCCAUACUUGAGUAUUUUGAUAAAGGAUAUCACCUUAAUCACCUGUCAGUCCUGUUUGAGUCAUAUUUGGUAUUGUUUGACAUUUUGUCAACCUACCGACACUUGGAACAUUGA